GUGACCCAAGAAAUUGUCAGCUGUUCUUGUUUGUCUGAUCUCUGAUGAAAGGUUAUUAUCAUUAAAUUGUUUUUAUUGUUUCAGAUUCAGUUUCAAUUGACAACAAAAAUGAAUUGUGUAUGUUUAUUUCGCGGUAUCAACUUCUUUAAAAUUAGGAAAUACUCUUUUUUUAAGCUUUUGUUUUAAUUGGAUUUAUACAAUUUUGAAAUGAGAUUACUCUAAACUCUAGGUCAAUAAUUAACUUACUCAUUCAGUUAUUAAAAACUUGACGCAAAAUUUUGGCACUAUAUUGAACUAAAUUGAAGUUUAUCAUUGUUGCAUUAUGGAGAUUAACGGUGACUGUGGUGAUAGAGGAAGCUGCUUAUUAUUGCGUUAUGCAAGUCAAAACUCUUUGGAUGAGAGCUCGCAGAAGCACAUUCCACGGCCCAGCAGUCGGGAGAAGCCGCCCUAUAGGAAUCACCACCACACCCAUCGAGCUUUUGAUGUCAUGAAUAACAUGAGAAAACAAAACUUACUGUGCGACGUUCGCCUAGUGGCUGAGAGUGUGGAGGUGCAAGCCCAUAAGAUGGUGCUGGCCGCUUGCAGUCCCUACUUCCACGCCAUGUUCACCAGCUUCGAGGAGAGCAAGCAAGAGCGAAUAGUGCUGCAGAGCAUCGACUCUCAGGCUCUGCAACUACUCGUCGACUAUGUCUACACUUCCGAAGUGCAUGUUACUGAAGAAAAUGUCCAGGUGUUGUUGCCCGCAGCCAACCUGCUUCAGUUGACUGACGUGAGGGAUGCAUGUUGUGACUUCCUACAGGCGCAACUGCAUCCGACCAAUUGUCUUGGCAUAAGAGCAUUUGCCGAUUUGCAUGGCUGUCUUGAACUGUUAACCUCAUCUGAAACCUACAUCGAACAACACUUUCCAGAGGUUGUUGAAUGUGAAGAAUUCCUCACUUUAUCUCAUCAUCAAGUAUCGAAACUAAUUUGCAGCGAUCGUUUGACUGUGCCAUCCGAAGAAAAGGUUUUUGAGUGUGUGAUAAGUUGGGUGAACCAUGACCUUGAAGGUAGACAGAACUUGCUUGCCGAACUCAUGGAGCAUGUCAGACUGCCUCUCCUUCCCCAAGAGUACCUUGUGCAAAGGGUUGAAGAGGAGCCUCUUCUAAAAGCCAAUCUCAAAUGUAAAGACUAUCUUAUUGAAGCACUUAAAUAUCAUCUACUUAAGGGGGACCAAAAGACUCAUUUCAAGACACCUAGAACAAAGCCUCGUCAACCGAUUGGCUUACCUAAGGUGGUGCUGGUAGUGGGGGGGCAGGCGCCGAAAGCAAUCCGCAGCGUGGAGUGCCUGGAGGUGGGCGUAGAGGCGUGGUCGACGGCAGCUGAGAUGCCGGGGCGUCGGUGCCGGGCGGGCGUCGUCGUGCUCGCCGGCAAGGUCUACGCCGUCGGUGGCUUCAACGGCUCACUGCGCGUGCGCACUGUCGACGUCUACGACCCGGCAACCAAUCAGUGGUCGUCCUCUGUCGGCAUGGAGGCGCGUCGCUCCACGCUCGGCGUCGCCGUACUCAACAACUGCAUCUAUGCGGUCAGUGAUAUUCAUUGACAUCAUUCCAUAUAUAGAACACAUUCCAGGCUCCCCAUCCGAAACAAUGUUGAAAUUCUGAAGUGAAUCUUAUUAUAUCGAAAUACCAUUAUGCCUAGUCCACAUGUUGUCCCAGUCGCUGGCCCACAAUGCCUAGUUGGCGGGUACGACGGAGCAUCGCGCCACUGCCUGAGUUCAGUGGAGUGCUACUCGCCAGAGUCAGAUACUUGGACGGCCGUUUGCGAGAUGUCUGCUCGAAGAAGUGGUGCAGGAGUUGGAGUUCUGGAUGGAAUCCUGUACGCGGUGGGAGGUCACGAUGGACCGCUGGUGAGGAAGAGUGUGGAGGCCUACAAUCCUGAAACGAAAUCAUGGACGCCGGUGUCGGACAUGACAUUGUGCAGGCGAAAUGCAGGAGUGGUUGCAUUGAACGGGCUGCUGUAUGUAGUGGGGGGAGAUGACGGCUCUGCGAAUCUGGCGUCAGUCGAGGUCUACAAUCCGAAGAGUGACUCGUGGUCGAUGCUCUCAUCCACUAUGAGUAUAGGACGCAGCUAUGCUGGAGUUACCAUUAUUGAUAAGCCAUCGGCACUAUAAAUGUUAUUGUACUACCACUGAUGCAAUACAACAAUAUGUCAGCAGGUUUUAAUUCGUCAUGACAUAACUAACAGCUCUUUCAAGUUAUCAUCACGUGUUAAUAUGGAUUCUAUGUAAGUGUGAAUAUCAAAAUACAAUAGUUGUAACCUUCAAGAUUGAUUCUUAAUCCUCUGUAUCAUUGGAAUAGACAAAAUCUUUAAAAAACUUGUUCCUCUUGAAACUUUUAUUGUCAAUUCGGCUUUCUGUUGUUUCUGUGCAGAAAAUGCCAAAUAUAUAAUAUAUAUAAUACAAUAAAAUUGUACACGAAUUUAUUGUGAUAAGUCAUCUUUAUAAUCAAAACAAUAUUGUUUCAAUCCAGUUUUUAUCUAGUUGGUAAGUGUAGUACAAAAUUAUAAUUUAAGAUUUGAAGACAUUUUCUUAUUAGAAAAGCGAAUUCUUCCAUUUAGAGGUCAGUUUUCAUCUCCCAGUUUCUUCACUCAAACCAAUAAUGUUCAAAAUACAUCGAUUCUAGAUUUAAGGGUAUAGCUGGAAUUUCCUUGAUAUUCCAUUUCUGCUUGAAUCGUUCCCAGUUCCUUUUUUAAGAAUUAUUAUAAAUUUACUAAUAUUGGCUCAUGUACUUCCUGAAUGUGUCCUGCUAUGUGUUCUUACUGAAACACUUCAUUGUAUUAACUACUUACCUAUGGAAUCAAGUAGGACAUAAAAUCCGAUCAGUAGAUCUUAUUCAAGUCAUCAAGUGAGUACGAUAUUUAAAAAAUAACAAUUUAGUUGGUAUGAAUGAAAUGUUUUUUCAGAAGUUGUAAGUGUAGUUAUUCUAACUUGAUGUGAGGCAAGAGGCAAGUGAUCAUUUCUUCAUUUAAUGGAAAAUCUAGUAUGAUGAUAGAAUGUCUUUCUCUAUAACUAUUUAAUCACUUGAUGUAAGAGGCAUAUUGCUGUAGAUUCGUCAGUGAGUUACAAUUUCCAAAGCGAAUCAUUAAAAACUGAUAUUAGUCUCAGGUGUGUUAUAUAAUGUAAGAAUCAAUAUUCUAAUGUAGUGCUAUUGUGUAAAACGUAUGCUUAAAUAUUGAAAUUCUAAAUUUUAGAUGUAAUUUCUCCCAAAAGAGGAAAGAUAAUUGGAAACAUAUCUUCGUUCUCAUUUCCAGAAAGAAUUUUAUGAUAUAUAUCUCUAUCAAAGGUUUUAUUAUUUUGCAAAGAUUAUAUUUUUAUAUUUUGGACUUUUCCAAUCACUUACCCUAUCAGAUAGACUAUAUAUUUUUUAUAAUUCAUCUCUUCAUGAUGAAGUUUCAAAUGCAUUUUCCUAUACAUUCACGUUUAGAAAGUGUCAUUUGGCCAAGGUUUUAUUAUUUCCUCGGUUUGGUUAGUGAACGUUCUUUUUUGAAGUUGAACAUAAAUAAUUUAUUGUGAUAGUAAUUUUAGUAUUUCUUGAUCCAUUUCACUAUUCAUUUUAUCAUCUUUAGUGCAUUGAAAAAUUGAAUGUUGAUUUUCGUUAAUACAUCGCUUGAUGUAGUUCAGGCCAUAAAUGAUUGACUCCAUUGUCCUUGUUCUGUCUUCUUUUUAAGCUUCUUUAUUUUUGGAUAUUUCCCAACUACUUGAUAUGGAUGAUUAUUUCAAGUGUUUUCUAAUGAACUAUAUGGCUGUGUAAUUUUUCUAAAAUAAAUGCUACUAUAUUCUGUGUAUGAAAUUAUUUCGUCAUGAUUCAUAAGACCUUCAACUAUUAUGGUAUUAGAUAAGAUUAUCAACAUUUUUGUAGCAACUACAAGACAGUGUAUAAUGAUUCAAAAAGAGUAAAUAUUUGAAAAAUAUGAAUUUUAUUUAAAAACAAAAUCAUGUUAAUUUGAUAAAUUCCAUUAUUUGAUUACUAUAUUUCAAGUAUCAUUGGUGUGCUCAUGCUCCUUAAUAUUAUUGUUAGUAAUCUUUUCAUUCCUCCAUUGAAUGUGAAGAAAUUGACUCAAUUGAUUGAUUGAUUUACUUCAGGCUCAAUUAAUUGAUUUUAAUCCAUUAAUUUAAAUAAAAACAUUCAAUAAUCACUAAUAAACAACUUAUACAUUAAAAAA